UGUCCCUCUGAGUCAAGCCUCUGUCUCUUCUGUGGAAGUGGAAUUGAGCCAAAACAUCUUUCUCACUCUGGAUGGUAAGAUUUUAGCAAGUUUAUUUAAGCAUAACUUCAAAGUGUGGGAAAGUUCUGAUACUGGAUCUUCAUGUGUGCUUGUCUAGCUUUUUUCUUGUUGAACUGAUUUUUGUGACUAGCUAAAGAAUGGAGCUCAACAACAUCACAACGAGCAGCAAAUCUUUGCCCCAAAAGACAGACGACUCCGUGGACAUCGACUACGUAAUGGACACGGUAUUGAUAGUUUUAUACACCAUCACUAUUAGUCUGGGAGUAACCGGAAAUAGCAUAGUGAUCUGGAUGAUCAGCUGCAAACUGAGGAAGAAUGUGACCAACGUCUGGCUUCUCAACCUGGCUGUGGCCGACCUGGUCUUCUGCUUCACCCGAGUCAUCUCUUUGCUCAAGCUCAUCUUCUACACCUACUGGCCCUUUGGAGAAUUCCUCUGCAAGUUCAAUGGCUUCUUUACGUACAUGAACUUGUUCUGUAGCGUCUUCCUUCUGUCCGUCAUCAGCCUUGACCGCUGCUUUUCUGUGGUCUUCCCCAUCAGGAUGAGGCAGUGGCGCACUGUCCAGAUGGCUUCCUUUGCCAGCGCAGGAGUUUGGGCGCUGGCCACGGCCUUUAGCCUGCCGUACUUCCUAUUUCGACAGGUCGCUAUGGAUCCAGGAAAUGGGAAUCUUUCCCGGUGCUCCUUCGAUGUUCCUGGAAGCAACGAUGGAUACCAGAAUAAGGCCCUCUACAUCGUGAGGUUCCUUUUUGGUUUCUUGGUCCCCUUUUUAAUCAUUGCCACUUGUUACGCAAUCAUGGCUUGCAAGUUGAGGCAGACACAAGUGCCCAAAAAGUCCUUCAAGAUCAUUGCUGUAUUGGUGGCUGCCUUUUUCUUCUGUUGGGCACCCUACCAUGUCUUUUUGCUGGCCAAGAUGGUCAAUAAGAAGUCUUUGGCAGUGAAGGUUGCUCUUCCUUUGUUCAAAGGCCUGGCCUACUUCAAUAGCUGCAUCAACCCCAUCCUUUAUUUCAUCAUGGCCCUGGAUUUGAAGAAGAGGUUCAAUCAAAAACUGUCUUUGGUAUACAUAAGAGCUUUCAGUGAGGAAUUGGAUAGUUCUAGCCAUUACCGGUCUUCAAGGAGAGAUAGAAGCUCUAUUGCAAACACAGUGGAGGUAACUGCAUUGUAAAAAUACUCAAAACAUUAUUAGCCUCUGUCUGGACAAUUUAGUUCAGAAACUGUCAAUACUGUGACAUUUUUAGUGCCCCUUCAAUUUUUUAUAAUGUUUUUUUUUUUUAACAUAUCUAAGAAGGUUGUUAUAUAUUAAGGAAAGUUUAUGUGAAAAGUUUGUCUACCUUAGACUGCAUGAUUGAGUCUUUUUUAAAUGUACAUUAUUAUAUGUUAUCUAUAUUAAUGUAUAUACUGUAAAUUUAGUGUUUCGUGCUUUUUUCACCAUUGCAGCCAUAAUGUGGAUUAUGUUUAAAUACAGCAGGAGAAGCUUUGCAUUUUUCUAUAUUUAUACACUUAUUAAAUAAAGCAAUGCCUUUACUUUUUUGGUUUAAAAUCAGAUCAGAGGAUGUGCACAUACCUUCAGUUCUCCUGAGCUGCAGUAAAGAUGUGUAAUUAGUCAUGCUGUAAUGGAGAUAAAUAAUUUCUGCAAUUACAUUGUUUGUUCUGUCUCCUUUAAUAGAACUUUAAAAACGGGCAGAUGUUUACCAUUACACUUUCUAAGGAACUUGAGGUUCAGUAUCUAGGAUUUCCUGGAUUCAGAACAACAUUUAAUUCCCAGAACUUGACAGGGCUGGUGUGUGGUUCUUGCUGCUGUGUGUCAGAGGAACUGAAAGUUCCAACUAGGGACAGUUGCCCACAAUUUCUUUCAAGUUAUCCCACACAAUGUGACUCAAUCUUCACCCACAAGUAUGGAAAACUUCUGAAUGUGUUCUUGGGAGCAAUGCUAAUGGAUAAUGUGCUAAAGCAGCCCUCUGUCUCGUAUUAAAAGCACUGUUAAGUACACAGAUGGAUUUUACACUGUAUUUAAAGAGAUGAUUGUAAUUUAAAGUCUUCCAGCAUGCUACAGAAUUAACUACUUUUGCAUCAUAAAGUCGAAUGCAACCUGCUUAAUAAUGCUUUGUUAACAUAUUGAAUUACAUACCGCAUUGUAGUUUUCCAUAUACUUAACGAAA